GGUAAUGUUUGGUAAGCAGCAGUAGAUAGGUCGUACAGCGUUUUCUGUGAAUGGUUUAUUUUUCACAUGCUACUUUAUCUUUUAUUCAAGAAAAAGUUGUACGCGAGUGGAAUUUGUCAUGUCUCUAUAGUUGUUUGCCAAUGAACUAUAUACACCAGGCACCCGAAAGAGUAGAAUAAGGAACAGCCAUGGCGAGCCUCAUGUCAAGGUAUAAAAACCUUAUAUUUCCUUGCCAAGCAUGUGUAAGACACAACAGUAACAGAGUUUCAUGUGCAAAAGUUGACCGCAAGUAUUAUGAACGCCUCUAUCCGACUCUGCUUGUGUUUCCCAAUGGAUCCACCAUUAAUAUUAGGAAUCCUCAACCAAGACAAAUUAUACAGCUUCCUAUAGAUAUCACUAAACUAACUCCCGAAGAACAAGCCGCCUUAAGACGAAGGAGACAGCCAAAGACUGAAAUCAAACUGGAAAAAGAAAUUGAAGAUAAUUAUGACAGAAGGAAAUAUCUAAAGUAUAUCAAAAAAUAAAUGACUCUUGUUUAACAAAUACUC